ACGUCAAAUAAUUAGAACUUAUGUAGUAGUUUGAAAUUUGUUUUUCCUAUUUUCACACUGAUGUUGUUGAAGAUAUAAAACCCAAAGUUUACGGUAUUAAUUUGAAGAUUUCUUUGAGAUUUUACAUGUUACUUGCUUCGUGGAAAAUCUAUUAGGUGAACUAUUGACUGAAACAGUUGCUUAGGGUACUUCCCUGUUUGGUUUUUGGAUCCAUGGAUUUUGCGAGGAAGACGAAGUGGACCUUGGCUUUAGUUAUAUUUUUUCUUAGUCUUCUAAAACCAUUGUCAGCCAAUGUUAACGGUAUCAAUGAUAGUACUAUAGAAGAGAUACGGGUUCAUGUAGGGUUGAUUAUUGAUACGCAAUCCUGGGUGGGAAAAAUUGUAUACAGCUGCAUUUCAAUGGCUAUAACCGACUUUUACGAUCAAAAUAGUCACUAUCGGACAAAAUUAGUAUUGCAUACCAGAGAUUCUGAGGGUGAUCCUUUGCUUCUUCUAUCCCAUGCCUUGGUUCUCUUGGAAAGUGUGAAAUUGGAUGCCAUUAUUGUAGCUGAAAAUUCAGCUGGACUGAAGAUUUUAGCAGAAUUAGGAUCAAGAGUCAAGAUCCCAGUUAUUUCUCUCUUUGCAGCUGCUCCAUCUCUGCCCUUCUCCGAGUAUCCUUAUUUGCUUCAAAUUGGUGAAAAUGAUUCCACUCGAGCCAAAAUCAUUAGCACCCUUGUUGAAUCAUUUACAUGGAGAAGUGUUAUCCUCAUUUCAGAAGAUAAUGAUUCUGCAAGACAAAUCCUUUCUAAUGUCAUCGCUUCUUUUGAAGCAACCGGUGUUCGUAUUGCCCUGCAUAUCACCCUUUUAGCAUCAUCUACCAAUGAAGAAAUCAUUGAGCAGCUCAAGAAGCUCAUGAAUUUGCAGACGAGUGUAUAUGUGGUACACAUGUCACCGGUUCUCGCAUCUCGACUUUUCUUGAACGCCAAACGGAUUGGAAUGAUAAGUCAAGGGUAUGCUUGGAUUACUACUGAUGUGAUUACAAACUUCAUGAAUUCAAUGGAUCCAUCAGUCAUCGAGUCAAUGCAGGGGGUGGUAGGAUUUAAGCCUCACAUUCCGGCAUCGAAGGAGGUUCGCAAAUUCGCGAUAAGGUGGAAGAGUAAAAACUUGAAUGAACAAAAUUUGCAGGAAAUGGAAAUUAAUGUCUAUAGUAUAUGGUCUUAUGAUAUGGCUCAGGCUCUUGCAACAGCAGCAGAAAGCAUAAUUACUCGACAUCCCGAUAUCGUACGCCAAGAAACCAGAUUGAAUAUGAACUUCACCACCAUCCGUACCUCACAAAACGGUUUGAUGUUUAUUGAUGAGAUAUCACAGAGUCGAUUCAAGGGAAUAAGUGGUGGCUUUCAACUUACUAGUGGCAGGCUGAUCCCAAAGGAAUUCAAAAUUGUAAAUUUAUUCGAGGGAGAAAGAACAAUUGGUUACUGGAAUCCUGAAAAUGGAACUACUUCAAUUAUGAAGGAAAAAAACGAUACUAAGAUGAAUUCGACAUCAUCGAAUAAGCUUGAAAGUGUUAUUUGGCCCGGAGGAAUUAUGAACAUUCCAAAAGGUUGGAAUCUACAUGGCAAGAGGCUGAGGAUUGGGGUUCUAGUAAAUCAUGGAUUCAGCGAAUUAAUUAACGUGAUUCGUGAUCCCCAAACAAAAGAAACAACUGUAAAUGGAUUCUGUGUUGAUGUGUUCAAGGAAGCCAUUAAAAGUUUGGAUUAUGAUGUUCAUUAUGAGUUUAUCCCGUUUGUUGAUGCCAAUGGGCAACUGGCAGGAACUUACGACGACCUUAUCCUUCAGGUAUAUUAUAAGAAUUACGACGCUGUUGUGGGAGAUACGACUAUCUUCUCCUUUAGAUUUUCACAUGUCGAUUUCACAAUGCCAUACACUGACUUGGGCAUCGGAAUCGUCGUGCCGAAAUCUAACAAAAGCAGUAUGUGGAUCUUCCUUCAGCCUCUUACCGGAAGUAUGUGGAUAACAACUACUGCCUUCUUUGUUUUCACUGGCUUUGUGGUUUGGCUGAUCGAAAGUCCCAUCAACGACGAGUUCCAAGGCUCAAGGUGCCAGCAGAUAGGAAUGAUCUUUUGGUACUCUUUCUCAACUCUAGUAUUUGCUUACAAGGAGAAGCUGUUGAGCAACCUGUCAAAGUUUGUUGUGAUAAUAUGGGUGUUUGCUGUGCUUGUAAUAACCUCAAGCUACACUGCAACUUUGGCUUCCAUGUUAACAGUUCAGAGGAUUCAAUCGAGCUCGAGAGAGGACUAUGUCGGUUCUCAGUCUCUGGUUCCACAUGCUAUUAGGAACUUAAAAAAUGAAAAUCCCAGGCGGAUGCAAUACCGAUCUCCAGAAGAAUACGACGAUGCACUAAGAAGGGGAAGUAAGAAUGGUGGUGUGUCAGCCAUUAUCGAUGAGAUACCAUACCUUAAAGUAUUCCUUGCCAAGUACCCUGCAGAUUACACCAUGAUUAAAUCCAAGGCUACCUCAGGUGGUUUUGGCUUUGUAUUCCCAAAAGGUUCCCCACUAGUGCAAGACAUAUCAGGUGCAAUUCUGAGGCUAAGAGAGGAAGAAAAGCUGCAAAUGAUGGAAAAUAAAUGGUUUAACAACACUGACUCGGUCUUUACAAACCAGGACUCAGCGAGCAAUCCAAGCAGGCUAAACCUUCAUAGCUUUGGGGGUUUAUUUCUUGUCACUGGUUUGUCUUCCACUUCAGCUCUACUCAUACGCUUAUACCAGAAACGUCGAACCAUGACAAUCAGCAACUUCAAAUUCUUCCUCAACAGUACCAUAGGCUAUGUAAAAACGCUACUCCAUAGUUCAAAAUUAUUUUCAGACACUUGAACCAAAAUUUUAAAUUA